AUGGAGUAUGGUAAGCUAAAUAGUCUUGAUGAUAGGACGAUCUGUGAAUUCCUCGCUUAUGUUUUGACGAAGAGGCGAAUGCGCCAGCUUUGAUUUACAUCUCGCUAGAUUCAAUCGAUCGUGGAAUCGCAGCAGAGGGAGGUGGUUAUACUGAGAUGGAGAAUAUGGAAGGAGAAGAUUGUUUGCACGAGGUUGAGAAGCUAUGUUUUGAGAAAUUGGAGCAGAGGCUUCGUGGUGAUCGAGAGAUGAGUAGACAUACUAUGGUGGAAUGA